AUGGCUCUUCAGGCUGCCUAUUCGCUUCUUCCUUCUACCGUUUCAAUCCACAAAGAGGGUAAACUCACUGCUUCUUUGAAGGAGACGACUUUAACUGGUCUGUCUUUUUCAAACCAUCUCAGAGCUGACAAAAUCUCCACCCUGUUAACCGCCAAGGAGCAGAGAAGACAAAAUCCGAGGUUUUCCACUGGUAUUCGUGCACAGACGGUUACAGCAACUCCGCCGGCGAACGAGGCAUCGCCGGAGCAAAAGAAGACUCAGAGAAAAGGCACCGCAGUGAUCACCGGAGCUUCGUCUGGUUUAGGUUUAGCCACGGCAAAGGCUUUAGCAGACACAGGGAAAUGGCAUGUGGUCAUGGCCUGUAGGAACUUUCUCAAGGCCGAGAAGGCAGCAAAAUCUGUAGGAAUGUCUAAGGAGGAUUACACAGUGAUGCAUCUCGAUCUUGCUUCGCUCGAAAGCGUGAAGCAGUUCGUUGAUAGUUUCAGGAGAUCAGAACGGGCGCUCGAUGUUCUUGUCUGCAAUGCCGCGGUUUACCAACCCACUGCUAAAGAACCUUCCUUUACAGCUGAAGGGUUUGAGCUAAGCGUUGGGACCAACCAUCUCGGCCACUUUCUGCUUUCAAGAUUGCUUCUUGAUGAUCUGAAAAAGUCGGAUUAUCCAUCAAAACGUAUGAUCAUCGUCGGAUCUAUUACAGGAAACACAAAUACUUUGGCUGGGAAUGUGCCGCCAAAGGCAAACCUUGGAGACCUGAGAGGCCUAGCAUCGGGGUUGAAUGGGCAAAACAGUUCGAUGAUAGAUGGAGGAGAGUAUGAUGGAGCCAAAGCAUACAAAGACAGCAAAGUGUGCAAUAUGCUGACAAUGCAGGAGCUUCACAGGCGUUACCACGAGGAAACAGGUGUCACGUUUGCUUCUCUCUACCCUGGUUGCAUCGCUACAACCGGGUUGUUCAGAGAACACAUACCGCUCUUCCGGCUCCUGUUUCCGCCUUUUCAGAAGUAUAUCACCAAAGGUUAUGUAUCUGAGGAGGAAGCCGGGAAAAGACUAGCACAGGUUGUGAGUGACCCGAGUCUUGGAAAGUCAGGGGUGUACUGGAGCUGGAACAACAACUCGUCUUCGUUUGAGAACCAGCUCUCCAAAGAAGCAAGUGAUGCAGAGAAGGCCAAGAAACUGUGGGAGGUUAGCGAGAAGCUUGUUGGUUUGGCGUGA